AUGCCAGGAGUAACCAAGUAUAAUUUAGUAGAUGACGCGCAUGAUUUGAGGAUCCCCAUGCACAAUGACGAGGUGUUUCAGCAUGGGGUCUGCUUCGAGGCAAAGUACAUUGGCAGUUUGGAGGUGGGUCGCCCUGGCAGCCGGAUGGAGAUAGUCGCUGCAAUGAGGAGAAUCAGAUAUGAAUUCAAGCUGAAGAAAAUAAAGAAAAAGAAGGUCAACAUUGUUGUAUCCACUGAUUUUGUCAAAGUGAUUUUACGCAAAAAGAAGAAGAGAAAAGGGUGGACGUGGGAUGAGAAUACAAUCUUGGUGACGCAGGAUCCCAUCUAUAGGAUCUUCUAUGUCUCACAUGAUGCUCAAGACUUAAAGAUCUUCAGCUAUAUAGCACGAGAUGGACAGAGCAACAUUUUCCGCUGCAAUGUCUUCAAGUCUAAGAGGAAGUCUCAAGCCAUGAGGAUUGUGCGGACGGUAGGUCAGGCAUUCGAUGUGUGUCAUCAGCUGACCCUGCAGCAGAAAAGCACUGACCAGGAGGACGAGGAGGGGAAGGCGGAUGACACGGAGGCAGUGCCAGCUAAGAAGAGAUUUGCAUUGUCAGAGGAGACCGACCUUGAAGCCACAACAGAAGAGAGCAUUGAGUGUGUCUCUUCAUCAGACCUGGAGAAGAGUAAAAAGGACGAGGCCCUCGAUAAUGAUGGAAAGGAAUCCGAUGACCCCUCUCUUCUGCUGAGCUCCCCCAUCCUUGGAGCCUCUGUAUCGGGUCUGUCAGCAGCAGAGGCUCCCUGCUCUGCUGAUCACCAGGUCCAUCUCCUUCAGAAACAGCUACAGCAGCAGGAACAGCAGGCGUUGGCAGCUUCUGCACAGGUACACGUGCUGCAGGGGCAGCUGUCGGUAGAGGUGUGUGCUCGAACCGAAGCCCAGACCAGAGUCCAGAGGCUGCUGCAGCAGAACACAGACCUGCUACAACACAUUUCACUGCUGGUCAAACAGAUCCAAGAACUGGAGCUCAAAGCUGCCGGCCAGUUAACAUCUAUGGGCUCCCAGGACAGUCUUCUGGAAAUCACUUUCCGUGCCAAGCCCCCCAGCACGCCCCAUGAACCCCUUACUCCUUCUUCCUCUACGGGCCCUUUGGUGUCUCACUCUCAGCAGCAGAUUAGUGACAGUGCCUGGGUCUCCGCCCUCCCUGGGCCCUGCUCUCCAGGUACCAUGGGUACUGAUGCCAGCCCUCUGGGGAUCAGCGGUAGUGGAGUUCGGCUCGAGUGCUUCCGCUUCUCGUUCCGGACACCGGACAACCAGGAGCAAGGCCAGGAAACAGGGGAGACUCCCAGCGACGGAGUGACGGAUGAUAGCUCGCUAUUGGGAGAGCAGGUCCUUGGAGCCUUGGAGCUGCUCCGGUUCAGGGAAUCAGGGAUUGGAUCAGAGUACGAAUCAAACACAGAUGAAAGCGACGACCGGGACAGCUGGGGGCACGGGGAGGGAACGGGGAUCGAGGGUGCCGCUCGACUCAUGAACGUGUUGAAUACAGAAGGUCUGCCGGACUGCUUAGGAGAUGAAAUGGCUGUGUAG